AUGCCUGCUGAAGUGAAAGAGGAGCAGAGUUCAGAGGGGCCUCCUCCACUCACUUUGUCCCAGGAGGCCAAAGAGGCAACUCUGGAUAACCCGUCCGCCAACGACGAGCUGGACACGCCCACCUCCAUCGCCUCUGUGAUGACCUCCACCAACGAGAGCUCCACAGAGACCGACACCCCACAGCAGACGGACACUGAGGAGUCCAAGGCUGCGGAACAAGAAGGCGAACAGGCCCCGAGUGAGACCCAAGAAUCCUCAGAGACGCAGCAGGAGAACUUCCCGACGUCACCUGAUCUCGCAUCCACUCCAGUGGCUCCAGAAAACCCUCCCGCUGAGCAGCCGGUCCCUGAGGCGAACAUCGAACCCCCCGAGUCCGCGGCACCGACCACGACGACCAGCACCACGACUACGGCGCCCUCUCAGCAGCCUCAGUUGGUUCUGCAGCCCGGGGAGCCUCAUGCGGCGAACCCAGACAGCCAGAGCAGAGUGUACACAAUCCCCGACGCCUACAGAGGCAUCGGGGGCGACCUGUGCGCCGGGUAUGGAAGCCUGUCCCGCAUCACCCUCCACGGCUACUGGCCCAACAAAAACUUCCAGCCCGGCGCCCACUACACCUUACCCUUCCUCAGGGACAGCUACGCCCCCGCAGGCCUCAGCAGCCAGACGGAGGAGGACGGCCUCAGCGAACGGGGAGAAAACCCCCUGGACGUGAAGACGGAUCACUCAGCUGCCAGCUACCCGACACUGGGGGGAAUCCACCAGUUUAGGCCAAUUACCACCAUGGAGCUCCUCAGGGAGCCCUCGAGAACCAGAAGUGGCUACGACGACGCCUUCAUGGCCCAGCUGGAGGGGAACCUCAACCCUUUCUUCCAGGCCAUGUGCCGAGCUCAGACGCUGCAGCUGCCCCACAAACGCAGCAGCAUGGUCAGCCUGGACAGCAUCCGAAGAGACCCGCGUUGGAGAGACCCCAACCUGCACGAGGUCAUCUCGAUGCUCAGCCACCCGAUGGACCCGGUCAAGUCCAACGCAGCUGCCUACCUGCAGCACCUGUGCUACGAGAACGACCGAAUCAAGCAGGAGGUCCGCCAGCUGAACGGGGUGCCUAUCUUGGUGGAGUUACUGGACCACCCUAAACCUGAAGUCCAUCGCAAGGCCUGUGGCGCGUUGCGUAACAUCUCAUAUGGGAAAGACCACAAUAACAAAAUGGCCAUCAAGAACUGUGACGGCAUCCAAGCUUUAGUCAGACUACUGAGGAAGACCAGCAGCAUGGAGGUCAAAGAGUUAGUCACAGGCACUCUGUGGAACCUCUCAUCACAUGAGCCACUAAAGAUGACGGUCAUCAACCAGGGACUUCAAACACUGACUGAUGAAAUCAUCAUCCCACACUCAGGCUGGAGGAGAGACUCGGCCGACCCCUCCAAACAGCAGAGCGCGGACUGGACCACGGUCUUCAAGAACACCUCUGGGUGUCUGAGGAACGUCAGCUCGGACGGGGCGGAGGCCCGACAGAGAUUGAGGGAGUGCGAGGGGCUGGUGGAUGCGCUCCUGCACGCCCUUCAGUCAGCUGUUGUCAACAAGGACACGGACAAUAAGUCGGUGGAGAACUGCGUCUGCAUCCUUCGAAACCUGUCCUACCACGUUCACAAGGAAAUACCGGGAGCCGAGCGGUUUCAGGAGCCCCACGCCAAUCACCUGAUGAGGUCGGUGGGGCAUCAGAAGAAGAAGAACGAGCCCGACUGUUUCACAGGGAAAAGACCCAAAGAGGAGUGGUUCAAUCAAGGUUGGAAAAAUGGAUUUAUGGACAGAAAAUACAGUACAUUGGAUUUGCCAAAACGUACAGAACUAAUGAAAGGGUUGGAGCUGCUGUACCAGCCGGAGGUGGUGAGGCUUUACCUCUCCCUCCUCACAUGCAGUCACAACCACAACACCCUGGAGGCAGCUGCAGGAGCGCUGCAGAACCUCGCUGCAGGACACUGGGCUUGGUCCAGCUACAUUCGGGCGACGGUGAGAAAAGAGAAAGGGCUUCCCAUUCUGGUGGAGCUGCUGCGCUCAGAUGUGGACAAAGUUGUGCGAGCCGUGGCUAUCGCUCUUCGCAACCUGGCCAUGGACAGAAGGAACAAAGACCUAAUAGGGAACUAUGCUCUGAGGGACCUCGUCGGUAAUCUUCCUUGCGGGCAGCAGCACCCGGCGAAGAAUCUUGAGGGAGACACCGUGGUGUCUAUUCUGAACACGAUUCAUGAGAUCAUCACGGAUAACCCGGAGAACGCCCGAGUGCUGAUUCAGGGUCACGCCGUGCAGAAACUGGUGGCCAUAAAUAAGUCAAGCCAAUCAGCACGGGAGACCAAGGCGGCUUCCCACGUGCUUCAGACAAUAUGGGCCUACAAGGACCUGAGAAACACUCUGACCAAGGCAGGCUGGAACAAGAGCCACUUUAAGCCCACGACUACCGGAGUGACUAAAAAAUCCAAGAGUGGAAAGCAAGGCAGCGAUGACAUCACCUUGCCUCUCAUGGACAAAAACCAAGACGUAUACGCCAGCUUAGAGCCAAAUGACAGAGUUGGAGAUGGAAAGGGGCCUGUUGUGGAAAGAGACAGUCUUCAGGCGAUAAGUGAGCGAAAACACUUCAUCAGAGCUGGCAGGCCUGCAGUGGGCCUCAUGGAUAACAAACCUCCACCGCUGGACUCCUGGGUGUAA